AUGGUGCCGGAGAUAACAGACGAGGCGAUUGAGGCCUUCGUCUCGUUCACCAACGCCUCCAGGGAACGGGCGAUUGCCUUUCUCCAGGUACCUUCGGAUCCCCUCAUCUACUUGGUCCUCUCCUCCCUUAGCUUGAACAUGCAGCCUGCUAACAGCUUCAUUGUCGAGGAAAUUCUACCCACCCCCCUCGCCCAUGAUUUCCACAGCCCAACUCCCCAGAAUGUUGGCGGCUUGUCAGCCCCGUCCCGUCCGCCGUCACGAGUCGGUAUCCGUGAGAAGAAGAAUGUAGAGUCUACGACCCAGACGCCGAACACCUUAGGAAACCCGAAUUACUCGUCUGGAGAACAGGAAUCAGGGGUCACUGCGGCAGAGGGUGCGCAGUUUGGUCCUGCGAAUAAGGAAUACUAUGAUACUGAGCUGUGGGCCUUGACGCUACCCAGUACUGUUUCCAGGGAGAUAUCUAUUGAUCCGGACCCAGAGCUUAGACGGCGGAUAGACGACACGCCUCGAUUUCUUCGACCGGGACCGGAGGCAGACCAUUUCUCUGCCUUUUUGACUAUUCUGCACUCUAUACCCAUAGCCAGGGAAGAGCUCCUUUGGAGAGAUAGGGUGGCUCCAGAUUAUGGCAAUGACAGCCAAUGGUGGAAUGGACAGCCGGCUUUGGCUACUCUUGAUCAAGCAGAAGCACCGUGUGAGGACGCAGUGCAUGAGACCCAACGGCUAAUGGCUUUUCUGGACCGUUCUCAGCGAGCCUUUGGAAGCGCAGAUGUCCUAUCUGGCCUUCCUUCUUUAAAGUGUUGGAGAGGUGAGGACAGAAUAGCUACGUUUUUAAAACUUUGGGAGGAAAUCUCGCCCCCCGCGGAAGGGGAAUUGCCCCAGAAAACAUUUUACUCUAGAGGUGUCAAACAGGCGCUUUCGGAGGACGAAUGUGCCAAUGAACCAUUCUCAUUGCUAGACCUUUCGAUUGAUAGGACCUCUGGAAGGACACUAUAUGACCUCCUAGAUGGACAUAUAUGGUGUGAUAUGCCUGGUAAGGAGUUGGACGAUAUCUGGCUAGAAGAGGUUGCACCUGUUUUUACUAUGCGGAUAACCAAUCACGACGGCAACAGGAUUGAUUUGAAGGUUCCUUCUGUUUGGUAUCCUGACCGGUACAUGAAGCAUUGCAAGGAGUUUGCAGUGGAGCUUAGGAAACGUCGUGUUGUUGUUGACGUUGAGCUGGAGAAGUUGGGGGCGAUGGUUGAUCGAUAUCUCUCUAAGAGGGGAAGCAUCUCUGUUGACACGUUAGUCCAGAAAGUGCUUGCUGGAUCUCGGGUGGCUCUGACUGGGCCAUACCAGGUCGAUGGAGCUCCGUCUACCACGCAAGAGGAUGUGGUCGAUUUAAUUGAAAAGUUGAAGACAUUAACGGAGCAGAUUACCCAUAAAAUACAAGAGCUGGAAGAAAGAAAGACGCAAGCUAUUGAGAGCCUCCGGCAGUUAUCAAACUGCUUUACUGGCCAGGCUUCAUCUGCAGAGGAAUCACCAAGGCAUAAGUAUACCCUUCGCGGAGUAUGCACGGAGCCACACAUAUUUUAUGUGCUGAGACCGCGGAAACCGGAAUUAGACCUGAUGACGGACGAUGUCCCCGACGUACCAGCAACCGAGCAAUGGCAGUGGUGGAGGUUCAGCUUCUCAGUCGAUGAUGCGAAAGUCGGCAGCACCGGAUCCGCGAGCCUGAAACCGUCUAAUCAGAUUGAACCGUCCACGUCCGGGCCGACCAGUAGCAAGCCAGUGUCCAGGGCUACGGUAGCAGAUAACGUGGAUAUCGUCGGGUACACGGCGUGCCCCGUGCGAGAGAUUGAAGUGCUCCAUGCGGCAAAGGAGGAAUCUUCGAGUGUUGUCCUGGUUUAUGCCAACGAAGAGGCCAUGAGCUCCGAGGCUGGGGAGCUUCCUGAACCAUUAAAGAACUUCAUCGACAAGGACAAUGAAUUGUUCGAGCAGGAGCUUGCAGAGUUUACUGCCGAAUAUGAAGGAAAGACGAACACGGCCAAACAGGAGGACCUUCUGAUGGAGGAUAUGACUAACGAUGGUGAGGAGGAGACCGGUGAGAAGACAGACGUCAAGGGACAAGAGAUGCAAGAACGAGCAGGACAGCACAGUGCGAGCAUCAUGCCUCCGCCGGGGCUGCCUCGACAGCGAGCUGGUGCUGGUGGCCAGGGGAGCUUGAUGGACCAGAUCACGGAGGAGAACGAGCACGACGAGGAUAUUACAAUAAUAUCCUCCAUAUUCUCUUCGCCUGUAUUUUUCAAUCCAUCAUCUCUUCUUUUCGUGCCUAGCAGUAUCAGUGUUGAGUUCUUCCUAAUCGGGUUAAGGUUCGGUUCCUGGCAAGCAAAAACUGACGUCAAACAACAUCGACAACUUGCAAACUACAACAACUACAACAACUGCGACAACAACAACGCACGAGAGCUUCGGCGAAUAGCUAGGAUGGAGACAGAAUACACUACGAACACUGCGGCAGACACGAUCGAGCUGCUCGAGACUCGCCUUCGACGCAUUGAGUUCCUGCUGACCGGCCAGACGAACUGGGCGGGCGAGCCAGAGCAGGCCUCUGAACCGCCAGCUUCAGUGCGAGAAACGGUCUCUGCGCGGCUCGCCGAGCUCGAGCAUGGCCUCAGACGGCUCUCCGCGCGAGUCCCGGCCGUCCAAGAUGUGCUCAAGCUUUACUCACGGUAUCCCGACCUUUUCCAGUCUGCGUCAACACACACACCGCCUGCCACAAUGACACCGGCAACUCUAGCCUCCAUCGUGCUUUCAUAUGCCACUGCGUUCCCCGAAACAGCAUCCCGGCUCAGCUCUCUACAGGACCUUCCCAUCCCCCCUGCCAGCGCUUCUACGGCCCUUGUCGAGCUGCAGCCCCGAAUAGACCGAGCGCUGGAGACGCAGAGACGCCAGGCGGAGGAAAUUGCCGAGUUGAGGGUGCAAAGUACACUGUUAAUGAAGCGGUGGGUUGAAGUUGGCGUUGUAGGCGGCGGAGAGGUAUGGGGGGAAUGGGAGGAGAGGAUGAAGAUGGUUGAGAGAGGGGUGAGGAGGGAGGAGAAGGCGAGGGAGAGGGACUAG